AAUGCUCUAAUUUCCAAUUCAUCACAAGAAUUUGCUUCUGAUGUGUUUUUCCCUUCUUCUCCUAUCAAAAACAGGAAAUUAAGGACCCCAAAAAAAACAAUGUCAGCAACCAUGAUAAGCGACCCUUUGGUAGUUUCACCACCGGAAACUCAACCUCUGCCGCCGCCCGUCGCCGCCGCCGAAGUUGAAUCGGCUACCUGUGACUGUUGCGGCCUGACGGAGGAGUGCACGCCGGCGUACAUCGAAAGGGUACGGGAGAGGUACCACGGCAAAUGGGUGUGCGGCUUGUGCUCGGAAGCGGUAAAGGACGAGAUAGUGAGAACAGAAGCAGAGAGACUUAUAAGCACCGAGGAAGCAUUGGCGCGACACAUCAAUUUUUGCAAGAAAUUCUCAUCGUCGCCAGAGCCGACUCCGAUCGACCCGACGCUGCAUUUGAUCUCUGCGAUGCGACAGAUUUUGCGACGGAGUUUCGAUUCACCGAGGUCGUCGCCACGAGGGCCAAGAUCGACUCCCGGAAGCCCCAUGACGAAGUCUGUGGUGAAGCUGGCAAGGUCUGAAAGUUGCUUCACGACUUUGUCUAGUUGA